UGUAAAUCAAAAUUGAUUUAAAACUGCAAAAAAUUAAAUUGAGAUUAAUAUUACUGCAUCUUACCUUUUUCUGGAUAUUUGAGGCAAUAAGGUCGCAUUAAUGUUCAUAUCAUCAUCUCACUGAUUUAUGCCUUUUUGUUAUUCUUUCUUUUAUAGUUUCCAAAAAUAUGGGAUUUUGACUUUCCUUAAAGCUCCCCCUUACUCUCUGUUCUCCUCUAAACAACAUCCAUGGAUACCUCUCUUCCACAAUUGCCUUCUCUCUCCGAGCUUGAGUCUCGGAUGCAAGUAAUGCGCGUAUCUGCUCUUGAAGAUAACCAAACCGGUGAAACUUUCUCUCAGCGCGCUGAAUGGUUUUACCAGAGACGUCCUCUUCUUCUUUCACUAUGUCAAGAUCUCUUUCACGGUUACGCCACUCUCUUGAACCGUUACGACCAAGCUAAACCACAAAACCUUAAACCUGUUUCUCAUGAAAAUAACUCUAAUGAUGAUACCGACAUAAGUUCUCAAGUCGAGAGCAUCUUGUCCUUUGAACAGACUCAAAUCACGGCUUGUGAUAAGCAGAAAGUUGACGAGUUAGUCUCGCAGCUCGUGACCGCAAACUUGGAAAGAGACAUGGCGCAGGACGAGUUGCUUCGCGGUGAGCAAAAGUUCAGAGAAGCUUCCGAGACGAUCGAGUUGCUAAAGAAGCUUGUGAUGUUGCUUGACAUGGAGAAAGAAGUAGCUGUGGAGGAAACUGUGAGUCUCGGAUACAAACUCGCUUCUCUCUUGGAAGAGAACAAAGACCUAGCAACGGAAGCACUGUUCAUGAAAAAGGAAGCUGUGAGGCUCGCUAGAUGCAUGCUAAAGAUGAGGGAUGAACAUUUUCACCAGGUGUGCGUUCUACAGAGCCAAGUGUAUGCGUUGCAGUCAUCAAGAGAGUCUGUUUAUGAAAAUGCAUCCUCACCGAGCUGCUUCGGGUUGGAUAAGAGCAAGAGCAAGAAGAGAAAGAUGAGUGAAACAAGAAGUGAACCAGGAGAGAAAAAGAGGAAAUCUAAGUGGUUGAAGAGACUUAACCCGUUUGUCAAAUGCAGCGUUAGCCCAUCGCCUGCUCUUCUCCAUCAAUAGAAACAAGUUUACUCUUUACAUUGACCUUUGCAUAAUAAUAAUGUCUGCUUUAUGUUCUACUUGCCUUGUAAACAUAGCAGUGUGGUCUUGUUUUCUGAUCCAUAGUUAGAGAGUAGUGCAGCUCAAUACUCUUGUGAUUUAACUUGUUUGGUUGAUGGAAACUUAUAUCAAUUUUGUAAUUGUUUCACUGUUGGAAGGUAUGAAAGACAUAUGCAUUCUCCUUAA